AUGGGCCUCUCCAAAGCCGCCAUAAUCCCCAUCGCCUCCCUCUCCGCCAUCGUCGGCGUCUCCAUCCUCUUCAUCCUCUGGUGGUUCCCCCGCACCUGGACCAAAGGCAACGAAGACGAGCGCCGCAUCAUCGAUGCCGAGCGCCAGACCCGCGACGCCUACCUGGCCCGAGUGCGCGCCGAGCAACAACAACAACAACAGGCCGCCGGCGUGAACCGCCCCGAAGACGGAAGUGGUGAUGGUGAGGACGGGAAACCACCCGUCUAUGUCCCUGCCGCGGCGGCGGGGCCGCCGCCGGGGUAUCGGCCGCCUGUGGCUGGGCUGGGAUGA